CCUUCCUGCCCUGUCACACACACACACACACACUCACACACUCACACAGACACAUAUACACACACAGCCAGGCAGCACAGGCUCGGAGAGAGACCGGACAGCAGGACCCUGCCCCAAGCACAAACACACAUCCCUGCAGGCUGAAUUCACCCACGGACUCCACACAUCGUGCCUUGUCCCAAGCUCCUACCGCUUUGCUGCACUUUCAAUGAAGAGGCGUAGGAUUCUAAAACACUUUUCCUUUCUGGUUGUGUGUGCAAUUUUCAUUCUUGGGAUUCUGAAACUUUUGCAAGGCGAUCCAGACCUCACGUAUGUUUUGGAUCCGAACUUAUUGAUUUCACAAUCUGUCCGCAGCAGGAGCCUCACCACAAAGGAGCCUCAUGGAGACAUUAACUGCACAGCCAUAUAUGAGCUGGAGCCGAUGGAAAUCGGAAAAAGUUUAGAACUACGCAGAAAGCAUAUCGUAGACAUUAAAGAUGAGGACGUUGUUGCAAUGACAGAUGACUGCGAGGCCUAUAGAUAUCAAAGACAGUAUGACCUGAAACCACUUUCACCAGAAGAGAAAGACUUUCCCAUAGCCUAUUCCUUGGUCGUUCAUAAGGACGCUAUUAGCGUCGAAAGACUGCUCCAUACAAUCUACAAUCCCGUGAACAUUUAUUGCAUUCAUUAUGACCAGAAAUCACUGCCAGGUUUCAAAAGGGCCAUGACAAAUCUGGCCAUAUGCCUUCCCAAUGUAUUCAUCGCAUCCAAACUUGAAAGGGUGACGUAUGCUCAUGUUACCAGGCUACAAGCAGAUCUUAAUUGUUUGAAGGACUUGCUGGAGUCCUCGGUGCAAUGGAAAUACGUCAUUAAUUUGUGUGGACAAGACAUGCCAUUAAAGUCAAAUUAUGAACUAGUGGCUGAACUGAAAAAGCUGAAUGGACGCAAUAUGCUCGAGACAUCUAGACCCUCUGAUUCCAAAAAACGACGCUUUACUUUCCACCACGAGGUCCAGAAUGUGAAUUUUAAUUACCAACAGAUGCCUGUGAAAAGUUCUGUUACUAAAAUGCCCCCUCCGGGCAAUUUACAGAUAUUCAUUGGAAGUGCCUACUUUGUUUUAAGCCAUUCCUUUAUUAGUUAUAUUUUUGAUAGCCCCGUGUUUAAAGAAUUUCUAACUUGGUCUGAAGACACCUUUUCCCCAGAUGAACAUUUCUGGGCAACCCUGGUACGUAUGCCGGGGGUGCCGGGUGAGAUCCCAAGGUCCCAGAAGGAUGUGACCGACCUGAACAGUAAAACUCGACUUGUGAAGUGGGGGUACCUUGAAGGGGGCCUGUAUCCUCCAUGCACUGGAACUCACGUCCGCAGCGUGUGUAUUUAUGGCGCUGGCGAAUUGCGGUGGCUUAUGACAUACGGGCAUUGGUUUGCCAAUAAGUUUGACCCCAAAGUAGAUCCUACUCUGAUAAAGUGUUUAAUUGAAAAACUUGAGGAACAACAGAAACAAUGGGUUCUGCUGGGAUUGGUAUGAUGAGAACUCAGGAAAUAGUCUGUGUACAGGUAUGGAACCUAUUAUCCAGAAUGCUCAGGACAUGGGGAUCUUUCUGUCCUUAGGAUCUCUAUAUCUUAAGUCUGCUAAAAAAUUAUUUAAACAUUAAUUAAACCCCAUAAGGUUGUUUACCUCCAAUAAGGAUUAAUUAAUCUUAGUUGGGAUCAAGUACAAGGUACUGUUUUAUUAUUACAGAGAAAAGGGAAAUCAUUUUUAAAAAUUAUAAUUAUUUGCUUAUAAUGGAGUCUAUGGGAGAUGGCCUUUCCGUAAUUCAAAGCUUUCUGGAUAACAGUUUUCCAUAUAACGGAUCCCAUACCUCUAUGAAGUCCAGAGCAGGGAUGUUCAGUCUUCAGCCCUAUAAAUGAACUGCAGAUAUUUAUUUACGAGCCAGACACCCCCUGUUCUACAUUUCUCUGUGGUUAAAAAAACAGCCAUGAAAACCAAGGAAUAUAAUAAGUAUCCAAAAACCAAAACGAUAAGUACAUGUGAUGGGAGAAAAGAAACCAAGUUAAAUAGGAGUUGCAAAUGCAGUGGGCUAAACUGUGCACUUUAUUAUUCCGUACUUAUAGCGGGCUGAACACUAAAUGUUAUAUUUUUAUAAUAUGCUGUGCUUUUUCUUUGGGUUGAAAGUGAUAUUUAGGUAAGCGAAUGAACAUGAUAAGUAUAUGUAUUUGUCAAUAUUGAAGGAUUAAUGUAAAUUAUAUUGUAAGUCAAAUAAAAAAACAUUUCUGAUUUCUGAGACAUUCUUGGUUCCCUCUAAGGAUGCUGACAUUUGUUUUUUUAAUGUUUGCCAACCUGUAAAGCCCUUGGCACAGCGAAAGAACAUUGGCACCCUUCCCCAUAAACAGCCGCUUUCUUUCCCUUGAAUUGUACUGUAAAUGUGGGGCAUAGGGCAGAUGCUGAUAGGCAGGGUAGGGCAGAUAGAGCAGAUGUCAGCGUUCCCAAGCUAUAUCCAUUUACCAGGACAGGUACACUAAGGCCGAAAUGUGACGCCUGCAACAUCUCAUUUCCAAAGCAAGGGGAUAAAUAUGAAAUUGGUCCUCACCUUGCUGCUUUAGAAGUCCCAACUCUUCUGGGAAGGAUUUCCUCUAGAUAUUGGAACAUUGUUGAGCGUUAGUGAGGUUGGGCACUGAUACUGGGGAGCAGGUCGGGCUCACAGCCAGCAUUCCUAAUUAUCCCACAGGGGUUCAGUUGGGUUGAGGUCAGGGCUCUGUGAGGCCCAGUCAGGUCCUUCUAUUGCCAUUUCAGCAACCCCAUACUGUACAGAGCUUACUUUGUGCAUUGGGUUAUUAUACUGGGGAAACAGUUAACGGAUCUACCACAAACUGUUGCCAAAAAGUAGGAGGCAUGGUAUUGUCAAGAAUGUCAUUGUAUCAUGUUGUGAUCCCUGUGGCAGCAAUGGUGGCUGUAGCUUAAAUAGACAAUGGCAACAAUUAGAAGGGGUGUUCACUUAUUUCUGGCCAUAUAGGUGCCAUUGGCAGAUCAUGGAAUGGCAAUCUAUUUGACAUCAUCCUAAGGGGGCAACCAAGUACUAUAUAUGCUUAAUUCUAGGCAUGGCAGGCAGCACACCAUGGAUAUAUGUUAUCUGGCACAACCCAUGUCACUUGUGUAUGCAGCAUGUGCCUUGAAUUGUUUGCUGGUGUUUAAAUGAUGUAUAAUUGACUAUAACUUUGUAUUGGGUCACAAUCAUGGCCGACGUCCAUACUGAUUCUAUUCAUUAUUUCUUUUGUCUGUCCUUAUGUAUGUGAAAUGAAAGAGCUCCAUUUUGAUCAAAGAUGAUGGGGAAAGAUGUUAUAUAUUUUUUUUAAAUAAAGAGACUUUGACUAUGAAACUAAAA